AUCAUUAUUAUUUUUAUUAUUUUUAUCUUAUUGUACAGCACUUUGGUCAGUGUAUGCUGUGUGUAUAUGUGCUCUAUAAAUAAAACGUACUUACUUACUUACUUACUAAUUAAGUCACCGGUUGCACCAACUGGGCGUAACUAAGCCUGGUCGUAACUGCUUAAGUAGGUCUUAGUUACGACCUGGCGUUAGAAUGGAACUAACGCCGGUUGCACCAACGGGACUUACGACUGGUCUCAACUACGCCCGGUCUUAGCCAUGCGCGGCCAUGUGAAUGUUCCAUGUAAUGCGCAUAUCACCGCGUUGCUAGGAUACCUCGUGACAACAGCUGUUUACUAUUUUACUUGACAUGCUGUUGGACACCGAAAUAAAUAAUUCAUUCGUUCACUCAUUGUCAUUCAUCAAUUGUGUUAAUGCCAAUAAAACACUGCAAAUGAAUAUAAUUAAAAUAUGUAUUUGUAAUGUCUGGUUUACGACGAGCAGGCAUUUAGACGGGAAUGGUUCUUUUUGACAGAAGCAAUGCAUUGAACAUUAUCAAAUGACACGGAGCUAAAUUGAGUUGUUUUGAGACUGUAGGAGAGUUUUGCUUAAUUUGUCGGCCUAUAUAAAACAUAUAAACAUAGUUAAAACAACAUUCGCAACUGAUUAUAAGUUGAGAACGGACUAAUCGGCCAGCGAUAUCUUCCCGACAGGCAGUCGAUCUGUGAACACUGAUCAUAUCGCCGGCUGUGCUUUGAAAUGCAGUUUAGUGAAGCGUACUGAGCAGUUGCAUUGGAUUGGAUGUAAUUGCUAUAGAAACAGCCUGGAAUUUCAACUCUACGCCUGCCCCUGACCAGGCGUAGGAUUUACGCCUGGUCUUAGUGAAAAGAACGCUAAGCCCAGUUGGUGCAACCGGCGUAACGGUUAGGUUGGACUUAGAACGCCAAGUUACGACCAGGCGUAGUUACGACCAGGCUUACGCCCAGUUGGUGCAACCGGUGCAACAAUCUGCAACAAUCGGUGCAACAAUCGGUGCAAUCCGAUACGAAACAUUUCUCCACACUUCGUGUUUGCCCUAUUUCUUGUUCGAUAAAUGGACGAGGAUUUUUCAUAUAUAUGAAAAAAGGUAGCCUAGGCCGACUUUAAAGCCACCGAUAGAAAUGAUCUGAUUUCAAUCGUGAUCAUUUCGUGAUCAUUUUCGCAUUGAACGUGAUAACUUAGACCAAAAACGAAUUAACACCGGUGAAUAUGACUCUUGCUCAGAUGGACAUACAACGUGUAAGUACAACAUACAUUUUCAUGAAAGGUAUCUUUUAUUAAGUAUAACAUUUUCGGAAGACAUAAUGGAAUAUUGUGGGACAUUUUGUAGGCAGUUGAGAACUGCACUUUGCGCACCACACGUUGCGCAAGUGCGUCAUAUCCUUGUUUCCAGGACAAAAUAAGGGCGCGCGAUAAGAUUACUUGAGCGGGGACAACAAGCUUUCCAGCUGAUCGAUUCGUCCGCCUUUUUCAACACAACGGCGAACAGUUUAAUAUUGAAGUGCAGAUACAAGUAUCUCCCAACAAGUAAUCUGGAGAUCACGAUCUAUUAUCGAUAAUACAUGCAUUUGCACGUGCAAGAGCAAGCAUAUAUAUAUAACUAAUUCUGAUUGUAAACAACUGUUGUCUGGGCGAUGUCCUGGUGGUCGAGAGGCGAAGAUGGCGAAGAAGCCAUGUGUCAGGACACGGAAUCCGACGUGGCAGAAGCGAAGGAUUGUGGAAAAGUAAAGGUUAAAUGGACGCAGGAAGAGGAUGACAACCUUAAGGCGCUGGUUCAAAAAGUGGGACCUGCUGAUUGGAAAUGCAUUUCAAACUUCAUACCGAAUCACACUGAACAGCAGUGUCAGCACCGGUGGUUCAAGGUUUUGGAUCCAGAUCUAGUCAAAGGACCAUGGACAAAAGAAGAGGAUGAGAAGGUCAUAGAACUGGUCCACCAGUAUGGGAACAAGCAGUGGGCGUUGGUUGCCAAACAGCUGAAAGGCCGCCUGGGGAAGCAGUGUCGAGAGCGCUGGCACAACCACCUGAACCCCGACGUGAAGAAGUCAUCCUGGAUGGCCGAGGAGGACCUGAUUAUCUACAAGGCCCACUGUGUGCUUGGAAACCGCUGGGCAGAGAUAGCCAAACUGCUUCCUGGAAGGACGGACAAUGCCGUAAAGAAUCACUGGAACUCCACCAUUAAAAGAAAGUUGGAGAUGGGCUUCUUUGCUGGGGCGGUCUUCAAGCCAAAUGAGUAUGAGGAGCUGUUGGCUCGUGCUGAUAAAGACUUGCAGAUGCCCCAUAGCUCUGAAGCGGACAAGGAGCCAGCACAGAAAAUAUCUACCCAGGAAAUUAUGACUCCAACUGACCAAAAAUGUGCUCAAAGGAUAGCAGCUCCUUCUGUGGAUCCUCAUCCUCCUUCUUCGUCUUCGAAGGAGACGUUGAGCCCCAAAAUGGAGCCUGACGCCUCAGCAGAAACCAGCUGGGUGGUGGACAGCUCUGGCUUCCUCUCCCCCACCGGCCCGGUGUUAAAAGAAGUGAUGGACAUGGUAGAUGGGGACAUCGAUGGUUGGUGCAACCUUUCGGCGUUCGACCUGGCUGAGGACAUCCAGAGCCCCGAGCGACACCAGUUCCGCCUGGAAGGCAGCGCUCUGCAGGAGCUCAGCAAGGGCAACAAAGGCGAGCUCAUCCCCAUUUCUCCAGGGGGCAUCACGCCGCCCUCCAUACUCCACCGACGGAGCCGCCGCCGCAUCGCCCUGUCCCCUGGAGACGGCAACUCUAUGACACCCAAGAGCACGCCCGUUAAGAUCCUGUCCUUCUCUCCCUCACAGUUCCUUAACAUGUGGACAAAGCAGGACUCCCACGAUCUGGAGAAUCCAUCCCUGACGUCCACACCGGUAUGCAGUCAGAAGGCCACCGUCACCACCCCGUUACAGCGAGACAAGACACCCCAAAUCCAGAAGGAAAACUCUGUGUUUAUUACACCAAAUCACAAGUCAGAACUAUGUACUACUCCACGAACUCCGACGCCAUUCAAAAAUGCCAUGGAGAAAUAUGGACCGUUGCAGCCUUUGCCUCAGACUCCUAACCUGGAAGACGAUCUGAACGAAGUCAUGCUCCGGGAGGCUGGGAUUGAACUGGUGACGAUCCAGAGUACUCCUGAGCCUCGCCGCAAAUCCAUGCAUCGACCUCCUAUGAAGAAAGUGCGCAAGUCUUUGGCGCUAGACGUAAUCGACUGUAGGAAGACACUAGCCACCAAACUCAAACCUAAUAAGCCUGAACCAAAACGCUCCACACAGGCGGAGACUUCGCUCUCCAUGACCCUGGACCUGUCGUCUUCGUUUUGCACCAAGAGGGAUGAGAACGUGUUGGACCAAGGCUUCCUCAUGGAGCCCAGCGAGUGCAGGCCCCAGCCCUGCUCCCUGCCUCUUAAGCCGAUGUCAAAAGACUGGGAGAUGGUCGUGUGUGGAAGAACCAAGGACCAGCUCAUAAUGACCGAGAAAGCCAGACGCUACCUGCGGUCCCUCCGAUCACGAACCGCAAACCGCGCGCUCAUCCUGUCCUAAUUGCCCUUCUUUCUCUAGACUCUCUCCUUCAAACUCUUUUAAUUCCUCCACAUGCCAAAACGAGGUCACCAUCGUCCUAAUUGGCUCAGAUUUUAGAUUAUUCAAACAAAGCAAUGAUUUUGAAUAGUGACAUUUGUAAAACUAGUGUAUUAAUGUAAUAGUCUGGAUUAUACCCAAUCAUUUAGCUGUGUGUGUGUGUGUGUGUGUGUGUGUGUGUGUGUGUGUGUGUGUGUGUGUGUGUCUUUACAAUAGGUCACUGGUUCAAAAUACCCUUUUUGUAGGUGGUUUUGUAAAACGAUAUGCAAAUCCCUUUCUGUCAAGACAUUUUUGCACUUGAAAUCUGUUUGGGGAAAAGCAAUAAUGAAUGUAAAUGAUUGAUCAGAAGGAUUGUAAGCGGGGGGGGGGGGAAGAGAAUGUGAUUUGUUAUUAGUCACCUGAUGAGUACAAAGCAUAGUGUUUUAAUAGCGUUUGAAAGUACGCUCAGGUUAUGUACAUUACACAAUGUAAAAAUAAAUAAAAGUAUUGUAGAAUAAGAAGCAAUGAAGUGUCCCGAUUGGUAGAUGUAUUGUAUGGAGACAUAAAAAAAGGAAACCGCAUGUAUAUUUACAGUUCUUAUUGUCAUUCGUAUUGUUUGCUAUCAAUGGCAAAGAGCAUUGCGCAGACGUUAUGAUUCCGGGUGUCGGAGCAGCUGGCCAAUGCUGCGCUUCCACAUCAAUGCAAAUUAACGUCAGUAUUUCGCCGAGGAGAUAAAAUGAAGCACACUAAUUUUAAUAUUUCUUACAAAAAAUAAAUUGCAUUUUAAUGUGUAUUAAUCUUAACAUGUGAACAAUAACUAGGAAUUAUUUUAAAGUAAAUGGAAAUGGGACUACACAGUAAAUAAUUAACUUCAUGGUUGGUUUUCAAAGUAAUGGUUUAAACUGACGGAAGCGCUUGGUGCACUCUUAUGAAAGGUCAAAAUCCGAGAAAAAUGACACUAGUUCAUCUUACAAUACACAUCUUAAGUGAAAUGCAUGUAAUAAAC